CGGGUCAAAAACACGCCCCUUCCUGUCUGCGAGCCGCCUGUGAAACACGACGUAAACAAACACCGCGGUACCGUGGCGCUUCUUUCAGAAUCCUAACUUUUCCCAACGGGGCUCGGAUGUACCGUUAGCCCGGCUCGGCUCGGCUCGGUUUGGGUGGAGGAGUGUCGGUUAGCAUGGUGAAGUGCGUCGUCUCUGGGUGUCCGAACCGCGUGGUGACCGUUAACGCGAACAACCGGGGUGUCCACAACCGGCCGCCGAAGAGGUUCUUCAACUUCCCCACAGACCCAGCGCGAGUCAAGGUAUGGCUGGCAGCUCUGAGGGAGACGGACAAGCAGGACUCGUCAGAGCAGCAUUUAAUCUGUGAAGACCACUUCCUGCCGGAGGACAUCUCCAAAAAUGGGGUCAACAGCGACGCCAUUCCCAUCAUGCCCCCCUGCCUGGACGGGCCCAUGGGCAUGAUCAGCCCCUGGGGAGCAGAGUCAUCUGAGGAAGAGGACCAGUGGGGCGGUGGAGAUGCUGCUGCUGCUGCUGAUGAUGAUGAAGAUGACGCUCCUGCUAAUGUGAAACCUCUGGCACCAGAGCCGCCUCCUCCAACAGAACCUCCUGCAGUGGAUCCACCACGGCAGAUUCCAGCUGCUGAGAAGGCUUCAGAGGCCAGGACAACCAGCCUCAACCCUGAUCAGAAGAAAGAGGUGAUCCAGACAAAGAGAGUCGGCCACAGACAGGAUGUGUCCCUGGGCGUGCUGACGCGGCGUUUCCUGGACAUAAUGCUGGCAGCUCCUGACAACUCGCUGGACAUCAGGCAGGUGGUCUGCGACAUGCAGUGCCGCAGGAGGCGUAUCUAUGACGUCACCAACGUCCUAGAAGGCAUCAGCCUCGUCGAGAGGCAGUCGGCCAACAAGUUCAAAUGGAUAGGAAAGCAUCAGAUCUCCAGCUUCCUGUGGAACGAUCAGGAGAUGUUUGAGAGAGAGAUGGAGAGUCUGAAGCUGGUGGAGGAAACUCUGGACACCCUCAUCAAAAGGUGCGCUCAGCAGCUCUUCGACAUGACCGACGACACGGAGAGCGCUGCGUUGGCCUAUGUGACCUACGAAGAUAUCCGCCGGCUCGCAGCCUUCCAGGAGCAGACGCUGUUCGUCGUCAAAGCUCCAGAGGAAACCAAACUGGAGGUUCCUCCACCCAAAGAGGAUGGUAUCCAGGUCCACCUGAAGGGGGAGAGGGGUCCCAUCAUGGUGCUGACCUGUGAUAUCGGGGCAGGAGGCGUUAGCAGGGAGAAGAGCAGCUGCUUCUUAACGCUGGAGGAGAGCCGCAUAAAGACGAGCACGCUGCACACAGAUUCCUCGAGUCCACACAGCGGCAUGCAGAGCACGUAGCUACCAGCAGGAUAUCCCCACGCUUCAGACACAACCUGGAGUAGCUACAGAUCUUUGAUGAGAUCACCUCCAGGUACCAGACGGGUCGAAUGUUGCACAAAGUGUCUGUUCAAGAGAUUUCAACUGAUGACAUCAGUAGCACUCAGCUGAUGGUUGUUUAUAUCAGAAACACCAAAAAAAUCAUCAACUCCAGACCGAGCAGGGGCAAAUGACGAUGACUUGACAAGGAAAACACUUCACAUGGAUCAAUUUAAUUUGCACCUCUGCAAACCUUUUUUUUUUCACUGAACUCCUGGAGAGGAUGAUCCCGUUCAGCCCGGUCAGUCUGUUUGGCUCCUCACAGAGAAUUCAUUUAACCGAUAGAAAGGAUGACGGCAGUUUGAGCGGCAUGUUUGGAGCUUUAUGUUUACAACAAAGAGUGAAGGGGCUUUGUGCCUCUGGAGAGCUGCAGUGUUUCUGGACACUUUGUAUUAUAUCUCAUUAUCAUGUCCUGUCUGUACAAUGUUGUAUUAUAUUUUACUUUUCUUUGUACUCUGAUUUAAAAAGAAUAAUCUUGGUUUGAACUUAAUGUAAUGGGGAAUACACUGUUAAUCAAUGAAAGACACUGUAAUCAAUAAUAAUAAUAAUAAAAAAACUUGUAUGAAACAGA